AUGAUUCUAGAUGCAGGAGAUUUAAAACUUAUUGCUCCAUCAAAUGAGGAUAGUGGGUUGUUAAUUUUUAGCAAUGAAACAAGAGCACUCUUAUGUAAAAAAGUAUUAGAAGAGAUAUUAAAAGACCCAUCAAAAUUUCCAUCAAACUAUAUGUCAAAAAAACAGGUGAAUAGAGAUAAGUUUAUGUUUACAUUAUCAGUUUUUGGUGCAUGUUUUUAUGAUGGAAUUAGAAGUGAUUCUUUAAUAAAAAUUAAACAAGCAAUAGAGAUUUAUGAUGAUUGGAUGACUUCGGUUCCACGAAAUAAAAUUAUUACAACUGAAUUUUUAAAGAUAAUGAUUAAUCAAUUAACUCUCCCUUUUUCUUCUUCAAACGAAUCGAAUAUCCCAGAACGAGUUGAUUUAUUAUUGAAAAUAGCUCAUUUAUUUAAAAAACUUUCUUCAGGAGAAUCAAAACAUUUAUUUACUGAAACAACACAAAUAAAUCAAGAAUUGGUUGUUCAUUUACUUAAAGUUCUGUUUACUAUUCUUUAUAAAAUUAUGAAAUCUUCUUUAAUUAAUGAUUAUCAAUGUAUUUCAGUAUUGUCAGAAACAUUAUUUUGUUUAUUACUUGUUUGUGAACCUUCUCAAGAAGUAAAAGAAUUAUAUAAAUUAUUCCCAAAAUUAUUUACUCUUUGGAUUUCAUUUUAUGAAUUUAGAAAGGUAUUUGUUCAAUUCAUUCUUGUUAUUCAGAAAAAUUAUUUAUUACAUUAUAAAACUUUACUUAUUAUUCCGAUAACUCCUCCUCUUAUUUCAAAUUGUCCUUUUGGCACUAUUUUUAUUAAAGAAAAACAUUUAAGAUUAUUAUGGAUUACAUUAAUUCCUUGUUUAAAUGUAUCAUCAUUAACACCAAUUGAUUUAUUAGAAAUAACUAAAGCAAUUGGUGAUUUAUUAGAUGAUGCAAUAACAUCUAACACAAGUAUUUUUAUAUUAAAUAAAAUUUAUGGAAAUCUUUUCUUUUCUUUAAUAAGACAAUACAACGACAUUUCAUAUCAAGAGGCUAUUAAUUUUUGUGUUAUUAAAACUUUAUGUUUGUAUGAAACAUAUAUUAAAGAUAUUAUUCAAUCACCUACUUUAUUAGCUGAGCUUAUGAUUUUUAUUCGUUAUUGUUUAAAAUCACAACAAAUUAAUAUUGUUAUUAGUACAUUAUCUUCAUUUGAUUUAUUAUUAGAUGCCCAUAUAUCUGAAUUCAUUUUAUUAUAUAAAGAUAUCGUAUAUUCAAUGUUACAAUUAACUUCUUUUUAUGAUUCAACAAAAGACAAAUCUCUAUUAAAAGUUAUUAUCACAACAUUAUCUUCAUUAUCAUAUUAUUUUCCAUUAUUAAGUGAAUACGCAUUAAUACAAUCAAAUAGGUAUUAUGAAAAAUAUUUAAACUCUAUUUCAAAUUUUAUUUCUGUAUUUGCUCGAUUAAAUCCAGAUGAAAUUACGAAUUAUUUAUAUAAUUUUAAAGAAACAAUAACAAAAAUAGUUGACUCUUUGUUUCAGAAUUUUAAUCCAAUUGAGUUUGUAAGUUUAUAUAGAAUUUUUGAUUCAGUAUUACAAAUUAUUGAUAGCAUUACUGAGUUACAAAUAAUUAUUAAAGGCCUUACACAUGUAAUGAUUGAAAUAGUUCAAAGGUUGAUUCAUUAUUCAUCUGCUCAAAUUAUUAAUUGUUUUAUUGAUAAAGUUAUAGAAUACUCAACUUAUAAUGAGUCUAUUGGGAAUGACCUAUUUAUUUAUGUUGAUGAAAUGAUGAAAUAUAUUGCUGAUCAUGAUGUAAUAUUGAUAAAAAACAAUCUUGAAAGAAUUAUGGGCUUUUAUUAUUUUUAUAUGAGUCAUGGAAUUAAAAAUCAUUAUUAUACUCAUCUUAAUGAAUUAUCUCUUCUUUCGUUUAUAUCACAAAAACAACACAUUAUUAAUACUCAAAAUAGUUAUCAAAAAGUCAAUGAAGUUGGUUGUAAAGCAAUCAAUUUAGAAUGUCUUUCAAAAAUUACUUUAUGGUUAGAGAAAGAUAGAGUUAUUAGUUCAUUUGUUAAUACAAACAAUAAAUUAAUUAUUCUUACUAGAGGAUGGAAUGGAACAGAAACUUAUUCAAUUAAACUAUUAAAUAAACAGGCUCAAAGAACUCAAUGCUCCAUUCAACAAAAAUGUAUUACUUUAAAUGAAAAAUAUUCUGAAGAACUUAAUGGAAUUAUUGAAUUUAAUAAAGCAAUUAAUGGAAGUCAAAAAAUUAAUAAUGAAGAACAAAUUAACUUGCUUCUUAAAACUGAAAGAAAAUAUAAUAAAAAAUGUCAGACAGAAUACCAAGGAAAUUUAAUUAAUAAUCCAAUGAGUAUUUUAUGGAAAGGAACUAUUUUUAAUGACAAUGAUAAAAGGGCUGUUUGUACAUUAAAAGAUUUAAAUAUCCUUCAACAACUUCAAAGUAUUAAAAGUUCUCUUAUUCGAAAUCGAAUUUAUUGUAGAGUUGUUGAAAAAGAAUUUAAUCAAUACAUUCAAAUUAAUGAAAAUUUAAGAAUUGAAGAACCAGUAUUACAAGUUAUUAUGAAAAAAAGCAAGAAUAACCAAUGGAUUGGAAAAAGAAGAAGAAAUGUUUGUGAAUUUUUAUAUUCAAUUGAAACUCAAGAAUCUACUCAACAAAUUAAAAAUGAUGUUGUUAUUUUUGUUGAUGAUGAUAUUCCAGAACAAACCCAAAUUGAAGAGUAUGUUGUUGGAAUUAAAGUAGUUGAUUGGAAUAUGAGAGAAAUUAAAAUUAAAUGUAUUGAUAAAAUUGAAUUUAUUGGUUAUAGAAAUAAAAAAGAAAUUAUUGACACUAUUGAAGGAGAAAUUAUGAGACUUAUUCAAAGAGAUUCUCCUAAUAAAAUGCUUCAAGAGUACUCAGACGAUAUUAUUCAAAGAAUGAAUAUUACACCGUCAAACCCUGAUCAAUGGAUAUUUAAUGAUAUUAUUGGUACUUAUCUUUCAAGAGAAUCAUUAAACAAUUUUAUAGUAUUAUGGAACAAUAAAAAUUAUGUUAGUUUCAAAGAUUCACACCAAAACACAAUAACCAAAGAAGAAGAAAAAAAAGAAAAGUUUGACAAAUAG